AACGGAUCGUGCAGACAGGACGGAUCGUGUACCGACAGCAACCUUCAACUGUCUAGCCAGCAACGUGUUUUUGUUUGACGGGAGAUAAUUGUGUUGCUAGGAAACGUAAACCUCAGCUCCAUAGACAUAAAGUUAACGCUAAAUGCCUGUACUCAGCUAGAGCUAGGUCCGCAAAAGUUCCGGUAUAUUAGCUUUAUCAAUAGUUAAAAACGUUAGCUAGCAUUACGUUAGCCAGUUUGCAUACCUGUAGAAACGAAGUUACACAGAUAGUAGUUGCUAACUACGUAAGUUGAAAAAAAGUUUGCAAACGAGCCUGAGGGAAUACAUGUCAUGGCCUCUGCAUCUCCAUCUCCGAGUGACUCUCUACUGAACCUCCCUGGUCAAAGCAGGGGAAAUAAUUCCAGAGAGCGGCUGCACAAGCUCCCUGCACUACAGAACUCCACCAUCCUACCAAGGCCCCCGGUCCCUGUUCCAGACAUACAGUCCUUGCUGAAUAGGAGUGUAAAACGGAAAGAGCCCAGCCUCAAACACUUACAAGCCCGUCAGCAGAUGUAUUUCCCGGGCUGGGACACUCGAUCGCCUUCAUCUCAACAAACAGAGCCGCCACACAGGCAGCGUCAAAAAUAUCCUGUCCACCUACCUCCUCUGCAAUCCACGACCAAGGCAAAUCCAGGCGGGUACAAUCAAUCACCUUCAUCUCGACCAACCAAGCAGCCACGUGAAAAAAAACAACCUGUCCACCUACCUCCACUGCAAUACAGGAACAAGUUGUUUAAGAAUGUGCCAACCCCAAGUCACCCCAAAGGACCGCUGUACACAGUUGAAGUCUAUGAGUACAGUAAGGAUGACUAUUUGAUGGUAACCCAUAAAGGUGUGGUAUCAGUGUAUGAGGAGGACUAUGACUUCAUAACCCAUGAGCGCUGGGAAGAGGAGUACGAGUACCACUGCGAGCUGAGCCGCAUCCCCUUCUUUGCCCUCUUCAAAAAGUUGAAACCAUUCCAUGUCUGGCGCACCACAGUUCGCUGGAAGAAGAUUCAUUUGACCAGGAAGUCCCUCCAAAACCGUUUGUUUUUUGUCAAUCAGCCUCUACGUUCUGCACUGAUAGACAUCAGGAAAAUGUGUUACCAAAUCAGUGACACAGGCUUGUUUCACAUUGAGAAAAAACACACCUACACACUGCAAGAGUUUCAGGAUGUCCAGUACAAACAACUGCAAGAGGUGUCGAGUAACUUGAGGAAGUUUCAAGACCUGGUAAAGGAGGUGACAGUUUCUGCAUGUACCAACUACUUGCCGAAACUUGAAUCCAGAUCUCAUAAACUAAAUGAGCAAAAGGACAAGAAAAGUCUUCCAUGGCUCAAGACUUUUCAAUCCAGCCGCCUCAUAUGCUUUAUCCGUCUUGUUGACUAUUUGGUUGUCAACGCCUUGCACGUCUUAGUGGUGAAUGUAGUCACAGAACUGCUGGCUGUGCUCCAGGAGCAGGUACGCCGAACGCCUAGCCAUGGCAUUAUUCAGAGCUGGAACCAGCCUGCUGAGGCUGCCUCUGACCCUACUGAAGAACAGACUGAAAAGAAGUCUGUUGAGCCAGAAACUCGCCGUGACCCUCCUAUGUUCACCUCUGAGCUGAUGCUGGACCCACAUGCUUUGACUUACAAACCCUCUGAGGAGAACUUUCAGGAGAGUUUUGCAGAGAUCAUUGGGGGGUUUAAGAAAGCAGUGAUGUCAGUCACUACACUUACAGCAGAUCCUGAUUUGGAUUCAUUGACAGAUCCUGGAGACUAUGAGAAAGUGGAACGUAACUAUGAAGAAAGCCCCUAUUUGGAAUCUCUUAUAGAAAAUGAUGACCACCUUCAAAGUAUGAUCCAGGACGUCAAGGAAUCUCUCCAUUUUGCCUUUGAUGCAGCAAAAGUGUACUCGCACACAUUUGAGCGUUUUCGGCUGUUCUAUAAAGAGAAUGAGAGUCUGGAUCUGGAUGCAAUGCGCCAACAGGAUCAUGGUUUAUCCUUUUUUGAAAAAGCACUGGAUUCCUACCAUAGGGAGCAUAAGGAAGCCUUAGCCAUCCAACAGAAGAGACAUCUGGGCUUACUGCUUGUGGAUAACACGGAGCUCAAAGAGAAGCUUGUGUCUUCCCCGCUCCGCUGUCUGGAGGUCAUCAGUGAGAUGUUUACCAAGCUUGCGAAGAAGAAGGCAGAGACUGCCAUUGCUGAGGCUCGUGAAGCUCAGUUCAAACUAGAGUGCAGUCCCUCCACUACAGCUGAGUUAGACAACUACCUCACAUUUCUGGAUGAGAUAAAGGAGAGGAUUACGGUUCUUGAGGGGGAGCAGGAGACAAUAUGUCAGAUGAUUGACAGGUACUCAGUUCCUUUUCCACUUGAGGAUCUGAUUAUUUUCGGCACCUUGCAACCCACCCUUAGCUCAUUGCACAGCCUCAUUGAUGAGGCAGUGGAAGAGAGGCAGUCCACCAUCGACAAGCUGUGCAGCUCACUGCAAAAGAAUGCAAUAAAAUGACUUUAUAAAUAUACAACACCUGCUACAAUGGCAAAUGCUUCAAAGACAGAGUUAGGGACCACAGCACACUGGUUCCCACUUGUCUGCAUGUUUUAGGCAAUUCUGCUUGUUUUCAGAGUUUGUGACAAUAUCUUAUUUUUUUGAAUUUGACAAAAAUUGAGCUUUUGGUAUGUGGCCAAAACUAGAAAUUUAUUACACAUUUUGCAGCACCAAUAGUUUUUGUUUUUCUCUUUCGUUCUUCUCUCUACUGACAGCAUUUCAAAUUUCAAAACAACACAGCUACUUGUUAGAAUCAACCAGAAUUUUCCUUUAAGGCACACUUGCGCAUUGGCUUCACUUUUCCGACCCGGAGGUUUUGCCCAUUAUUUUUUACAGUCUCUGGUAGUGAAUAGCGAGAGACAAAUACUUCUUUGAUCGCGUUUUAUUUGAUCCAUGAACUACACAUAGGCUAAAAUUUAAUUGUCAGAU